AUGGAAUACGUCGAUUUUUCUGCUGGUGCUAAUGCCACUGGCCCCACAGCCAACAAUACACCCACCUCAAUGGUGUUAUGUUGUGAAUGUGGUGUUCCUAUACAACCAAAUCCAUCAAAUAUGUGUGUCACUUGCCUUCGAAAUCAUGUUGACAUCACGGAAGGCAUACCCAAGCAGGCUGUUCUGCAUUUCUGUCGCAACUGUGAGCGAUAUUUGCAACCACCGGGAGAAUGGAUACAAGCUGCCUUGGAAUCACGUGAGCUAUUGGCAUUGUGUUUGAAAAAACUCAAGGGCCUGAAGGAGGUUAAACUUGUUGAUGCUGGUUUUGUUUGGACCGAGGCGCAUUCGAAACGUAUCAAGGUAAAAUUAACCGUACAUGGUGAAGUAUCCGGAGGAACAGUUCUACAACAAGUGUUCAUUGUCGAAUUCACGGUACAAAAUCAAAUGUGCGAUGAUUGUCAUCGUACGGAAGCUAAAGAUUUUUGGCGUUGUAUGGUGCAGGUACGCCAAAGAGCUGAGAACAAGAAGACAUUCUUCUAUUUGGAACAAUUGAUUUUGAAACACAAGGCCCAUGAGAAUACCUUGGGUAUAAAACCUAUGCAUGGAGGUUUGGAUUUCUACUAUGCAAGUGAAAACCAUGCCCGUAAAAUGGUCGACUUCUUGCAGACAAUGGUACCGGUAAAGGUGACAUCGUCCAAGCGUCUCAUCUCUCACGAUAUACACAGUAAUAGUUUCAAUUAUAAAUAUACAUGGUCGGUGGAAAUUGUGCCGCUGUCCAAAGACAGUGCUGUUUGCCUGCCGAAGAAGUUGCGCCAUCAAUUAGGUAAUCUAUCACCGAUUUGUUUGAUCAAUAAAGUCACCAGUGGCAUACAUUUGAUUGAUCCAAUGACUGCACAAAUUGCUGAAGUAUCUGGCCAGGCUUAUUUCCGUUCUCCCUUUGAGGCGAUUUGUAACCCCAAACAACUUGUGGAAUAUAUUGUAAUGGAUGUGGAAAUCAUCAUGGACAAGGAUCGUAAAUAUUAUCCCGGUCAGGGCCAGUUGUCUUUCCGGCAUGUUUUGUGUGAUAUAUGGGUUGUAAGGGCCUCCGAACUGGGUAUUAACGACAAUCCCAUACACACACGUAGUCAUUUGGGUCAUUUACUGAAAGUUGGUGAUUCGGUUAUGGGUUAUAAUUUGGGUGAGGCAAAUAUCAACGAUACGGAAUAUGAUAAACUGAAUGCGGAGCAAAUUCCCGAUGUGGUGUUGGUUAAGAAAUGCUACACAGAUCGUAAUACACGUAGCAAUCAACGUUUGUGGAAGUUACGCCAUUUGGCUGAAGAGGCCACCGAUGAACGUAGUAAACCGGAUUAUCAUGAAUUCUUGGAAGAUUUGGAAGAGGAUCCGGAUUAUCGUAAACAGGUGAAUAUUUAUCGUGAUGCCAAAAAACAAAUCCCUGUGGAUGGUGGCGAUACGUUGGGCUUUAAGGAUAAUGUACCGCGUAUUACAUUGGCUGAAAUGUUAGAAGAUUUAACGCUGGAAUGUGCCGAUGAUGAUAUGGGCGAAAGUGAAGAUGUUGCAGGGGAACCGCAAUUAUAAGACGG